AUGUUUAAAUCGAUAUUCAAGACCAAUGGAUUUGGUAGUAUCACAAGACCAACUAAUAUCAUCAAUAAUAAUUUAAUACAGGUAAGGAAUAAGAUGAAAACCCAUCAUUCAGCAGCCAAAAGAUUCAUCAAAAUUGGAAAUGGAUACAAGAGAAAACAAGCUGGUAGAAAGCAUGGUAAUGGAGGAUUUAGUAGUAAUUUAUUAAGACACUUAGAUAACUUCGUUCCUGUUACUAGUAAAGGGGGACAUUUAAAGAAGUUGAAGAAGUUUUUGAAUUAA